CUCCCAACAUUUUUAAUCCUCACUCUCUAUCAUCGUCGUCGUAAUCAUCAUCAUCAUCAUCAUCAUCAUCUCUCUCUCUCUCUCAAUCAAAACAACGGCCGCCAUAUUAGACCAUCUCCGACGUGCUCCGGCUGGGUUUCCUUCAAAUUUUUUGGUAGUUCUGCAGCUGAAUUUCAAGCGGUUGUUUUGCUAAGGUUUUGUUUCUAGCUAGUCAACACGGAAAAGACACUUCAGUCUAGGCGGUGUAGGAAUGACGCAGGUGAUUCGGUUCCUAGGUAGAUGAAUUUGUCUGGUGUACAAAACUACUAAUCUACGAAGCUGAGUUUUGAUUUGUUGUUGCUUGGGAUUUUAACUUAUGGUUGAUUUUGAGAGUUCUUCGGCAAUGGCGGUUUCCGCAACUUCAGUUGAAGGAACUGAAUGCUCAUCCGGUGGUAACCAAAUAGUAGCUGCUCCGGAGAUUCAACCGAUGAAGAAAAAGAGGAAUCUUCCUGGAAUGCCUGAUCCAGAUGCUGAGGUGAUCGCACUGUCACCGACGACUCUACUAGCAACCAAUCGAUUCGUAUGCGAGAUCUGCAACAAAGGCUUUCAGCGAGACCAGAACCUUCAGCUUCAUCGGCGAGGCCAUAACUUGCCGUGGAAGCUAAAACAACGAGACGGAAAGGAAAUAAGAAAACGCGUUUAUGUUUGUCCGGAGAAAAGUUGCAUCCACCACGAUCCGUCAAGAGCCCUCGGCGAUCUCACCGGUAUCAAAAAGCACUUCUCCAGGAAGCAUGGCGAAAAGAAGUGGAAGUGCGAGCGGUGCUCGAAGAAGUACGCCGUGCAGUCGGAUUGGAAAGCGCAUAUGAAAACCUGUGGUACAAAGGAGUAUAGAUGUGAUUGCGGCACCUUAUUUUCUAGGAGGGACAGCUUCAUCACGCAUAGAGCUUUCUGCGAUGCGUUAGCACAAGAGAGUGCGAGAUCUCAAACUCAAAACGUUGUCAUUAGUAAUUCGGAUCAUCAUAGUCAUCGUCAAGAAACUGCGAAAGUGGAGGUUACUGUUCUUCCUCCGUCGUGUAGCCCCCCACCGCCGCCGCUUACUCCUUCCACCGGCGUACUCUCGCCUGUUCCAUCCGUUCACAGCUCAGAGGUGCCGGAAAAAGCGACGGGGGUUUUACAACACCAGAAAGGUGCAGUAGCGGAGGCGGAAGCGGCGGAAAAAUGCUUGGCAACAGCCACUGCUACUACGACAACCACUGCGAGUGGUGGCUCGACCUCAAGUGGUAACAAUAUUGUGACUGAUAAUACAGGUGUAUUUGCAAGUAUUUUUGCAUCACCGUCCGUCUUGCCACCGUCUCAAUCAUCACCGGCGUCUUACUCCAAUCUCGUCUGUGGUGUUGUCGAAACUGACCGGAACGCCAAGGUGGAACCAAUGUCUCUUUCUUUAUCGUCUUCCUUGUACCGGUCCAGCACCGCUGCCCCCUCCUUGUUCCCCCCACCUGAUCAAACCCUCCACCGUCAAUACGUGCAACCAGCUCUUUCCGCCACAGCAUUGCUCCAAAAAGCUGCUCAAAUGGGUGCAACAUCGUCGAACACCUCAUUCCUCCAUGCACUGGGGUUAGCACCACCACCGCCGUCUUCCUCCGCCGAUCAAUACCAAGAAACUAGCAUUGGUCAGUGGAGCAAUAUUCAAAGCAAACAGGAGAGAAACGACAACUCAGGGAUUGGAAGAGAUCAGAUGCUAAUGGGUCCGCCGGCACCCACCACCCUAGAUUUUCUUGGGCUUGGGAUGGGUGGCGGAACUGGUGGUUCCUCUGGUGGGUACUCGGCAUUUUUAAGUUCAUUGGGAGCAAGUGUUUCCGGCGGUGUAUCAUUUGGGGGAGUCCAAAAUAAGGAGUGGGAUGACUCCGGUGAUAAGAAGCCGGCGCUUCUUUAGCUGCUUUCUCUCUAAAUUUUUAAUGGUGAAAGGAGAGAGGUGAGGUAAGGAGUUUGUGUCUUUUAUAGUAAGCACAUGACAUUAAAUUAAAAUAUAUAUACUCGUAUGUCUUAUGAUUUUUAGUUAUUAUUAUUAUUUUUUAUUAAAAAAAUUAAUUAAUUUCUGUAGACAGCUAGCAUCUUUGUAUUCCUGCAGUUACAAUGAAUGAUUAAAAUUGAACCAGUUGACC